AUGUCAGAAACUGUAAUUCAAGAUAAGCCCAUAGAACAAAGAGAAAAACAACAACAACCAAAGAAGAAGUUCGAAGGUCCAAAAAGAGAUGCUAUCGUCGAUUUAGGUAAAUACAAAGAUACUGAAGUUCGUGUAGAACUAAUGGGUGGGAGAUUAGUAACAGGAAUAUUGAAAGGUUACGAUUCAUUGAUGAAUUUAGUCAUAGACAAUGCUAUUGAAUAUGUUAAAGGCUUGGAUGAUCAAGUUGAUGUAGGAAAAGAAGAAAAGAGAGAAUUGGGUUUAACAGUCGUAAGAGGUACCGUAUUGUCUUCUAUCAGUCCAGUUGACGGUUCUAAUGUUAUCUAUAUUUCCAUGGAAGAAUAA